ACUAUCGGCUAAUUCACUCUAUCUAUAAAGUAAAACGGAGUGUCUGCUUAUAAAUUUUCUUUUAUUUUUCCUCUCCUGAAAUCCCAGAGCUUUUUCUCAGCUCUCUCUCUCUCUCUCUCAUCUUUUACAUGGCAUCUCAAGCCAGCCUCCUCCUUCAAAAACAGCUCAAAGAUCUUUGUAAGAAUCCGGUUGAUGGGUUCUCGGCUGGAUUGGUCGAUGAGAACAAUAUCUUUGAAUGGAGUGUAACAAUUAUUGGACCUCCUGAUACUCUUUAUGAAGGGGGAUUUUUCAAUGCUAUCAUGAGUUUUCCACCAAAUUAUCCAAACAGCCCUCCAACAGUCAAAUUUACAUCAGAGAUUUGGCAUCCUAAUGUUUAUCCUGAUGGGCGUGUUUGCAUAUCAAUUCUUCAUCCUCCGGGUGAUGAUCCAAAUGGCUAUGAGCUUGCAAGUGAGCGCUGGAUGCCAGUCCAUACAGUUGAAAGUAUUGUUUUGAGUAUCAUAUCAAUGCUUUCCAGCCCUAACGAUGAAUCCCCUGCGAAUGUUGAAGCUGCAAAAGAAUGGAGAGAGACAAGAGAUGAAUUCAAGAGGAAGGUUAGCCGCUGCGUGAGACGGUCCCAAGAAAUGUUAUGAUCCAUUGCCGCUGCUUCUUCUCAACAAUAUUUGAGUACCCAGGGAAUGCCUUCAAUUGAUUGAUUGUGUGGGGAGCUUUGGUCGAUAACACUGCAAGUGUCCUUGUAGAAUGCCAUAUGAAAAUCUCAACACUCUACUUAAAAACUCUCCCUUUUUUUGUUUUGGUUUUGACUGGAGUAAUGUAAUUACUCUGAAAACAGUUUCCCGGUAUUCAAAAGCGUUUUUUGGUAAGUGUUUGUUGGCAAACGUUCUUGUUGAGUCCCGCUUUUUUAUCAUGAAAUGGUCAUUUGUCAGGUGCCUCUUCCUUGGGUGGACAAUUUGUCUGGUCUUUGAUGAUUUCAUUGAUCUUAUUACUACCUUUUUAGAUCAAUAAACUCCACCAUUGUAUUUUAAUUUAUCUCUUCAAGCUUGAGUUGGAUGUGUACUUCCAACCGUUGUUCUUAGAUGGGUGCGAAUUAGACUUGGGUCAAGUUGGUUUUAGAACAUCUCUGAUCAAACGGUUUCAGGUUUGCGUUGUUUCCGAUUUCUGUCAUUUUGAGUUCGGAAUUGAGGCUUCAGAUUCCUGUCAUGUGGGUUAGGUCAUUUUUUUAUUGUUGUUGGUUUUUUGGUCUUGGUGGCUGAUGUUGAGAUGGACUCAAAUUUUGAGGUCUGGGUUUGAGUUUGACGGUGUAAAUCACGCUUGAUAGAGGUGUUCAAGAAGAGAGCUUGUCAAAGUCUCCUUCAUCUGUACCAACCUUGACUGUACAUUGAUUGUUUGAUUGGCCCUUUCUCUUUUUUGGGCCAACAGAAUUAAUGGCUUUCAAAUUUUAAAAA